CUAGCACCAUGAAGGCCAUCGUGAUCAGCGUUCUGUGCGCCGGAGUCGUCGCCGUCUAUGCAGAAGACUCCACGCCACCCGGAGAGAAGAACGCGCUUUUCAGCUUCGGUGGGCUCGAGCCUCUCCGCGACCCGGAGUGCGUGCCAGAGGAGUAUCAUCUCCCAGCCCGGGUCAAAGCGAUCACCGAUGAAUGUCUGGAUAAGGUCCAUAGCAACUUUGAAGAUCUGGACGGGCUCGAGGCCGAACUGUCCGCCCAGGACAGCCCGGACACGUCCCGUAGUCCCGGCAGCCCACUCCUGAGGUUUAAACUGGGCAUCCGAGACUGCAUGUCCGAAAAGAUGGGGUACGUCGAUGACGCCGGACAAUUUAUCAAGGACAGGCUGGAGGCCGAGAUCUCGGCACUGGGCUUCCCGGCUCCGUUUGAACGCGACGUGCAGGUGGCGUCGCGCGCCUGCCUGUACCACACGCCCGAAAACCUGAGCGUAGAGCAGAAGCAGAACUUCUACUACGUAUGUCGUGACACACUGCUGGAGGCCAACUGCCUAUACAAGCGGCUGGAGCGCGAGGAACCGGACCGCGCGCUGGAUGUCGGCCUCCAGCAGACCCAGUGUCUGGACGACCUCAGGCCUUCACCCCGGGUGCUCGACGCCAUGAACCUUUGCAAGGACGUGCACGACGUUCCCGUGCAGUACGCGUCUCUGAAGAAAAAGAGAAGCGCGCGUCACCACGACCUAACCACUCACCCCGAGGAGGUGACUGAGGAGGUCUCGGAGGGCAGCGGACUCGAGGAGGGCUCCGGGGCCGCCGUCGAGGAGCCAGGCGAAGAGAUCGUGCCCAAAGAGGAACUACCGCUGCCCCAGCGAGUGGACAAGUUCAUUCAUUGUGUGUAUGAGUCGAUUGGUGCUAUAGCCAAUGGCAAGUUUAACGCAAGCACUUUGAUCGUACAGCUGAAACAAUUCGACGGACAUGAAAAGAACUUGAAACUCCAGAUGGACGCUGCAACGAACUGCCAGAACGAGGAUUCGGUUCCUGCGUUCAGCCUGUGCUACUACGACUUCAUCUCCUCGGCUUGCCAUAUCUUCCGCGUCCAAGAUGCCUUCCUCGCCGGAGACCCGGAGCUGCUACCGAAAUACUAAAGAAGCUGCCUCGUCAUCCGGCAGCUCCGGUGCUGCAUCCGGCUCUGAAAGAGGCCACGACAGGAGCGCGUUGGGCGUCGGGUUGUGGGCCCAGCUCGCUUUUACACCGAUCACGCCAAUAUGUGAUAGACCUCUCCACCGCUGCAUUAGGGAGAUUGCCUUACCAUACCCGGCUGGUGACAUCAGCGCGCUGAUAUUGCCGCACCAGUCGAAUGGAGGGUUGAGGUGAGGCGACAAUGCUGAACAGCAUUAGACUCGAACAAUAUAACGUGCGUGGUGAAGCUGUGCCCUGGCAUGCAUGUCCCCUAACCGUGAUGAUUCUGCCGGAGUGUUCUACUGGUAUGUAGGCGCGCUUAGCGCGUUGCAAGAUUUUAGCUAAUUGAUUUCAAGAAUGUGUUGGUUACAAGGCUGGUGCGUUUCGGUUGUCACUGUUAUGUGUUUAGACAUUAGCCUACAAUAUUUUGGAACACGAAGCAUGGCUUCUAUACUACGGCUUCAUAUACGGGCUAGUGGGAUGUUGCGCAACAGGCAACAGCAAUCGUUGCUGUAAAGCGGGUUUGUGUGUCUAACUGGAUCGAUUUACGGAGAACGGACGCUGAAAAUGAUGUGCGCUCCCUCAUCAGCAAAUCAGCACAGUUGGCUUCGACCAUUAGCAGCGUCGAGUUGUGCUCCGCGGUUUUCCCCAA